UGGCGUCAUCACUGGCGGACAGUGUUGUCAUUCUUGAAAUGUGGGAAGCGGUUCUGUUUUUAUUUGGUUUGUUUUAAAUUCUUCGUCCUACCUUAAUCUACAAAGACCAAAACUAAAAUGGCCGACUACUGGAAAUCACAACCGAGGAAAUUCUGUCAGUACUGCAAGUGUUGGAUUGCGGACAAUAAGCCUAGCGUCGAGUUCCAUGAAAGAGGGAAGAAUCAUAAAGAAAAUGUGGCUGCCAAAAUUUCAGAGAUUAAAAAGAAGAGCAUUGACAAGGCAAAGCAGGAGGAACGUAUGUCUAAAGACUUUGCAGCGAUGGAGGAGGCUGCGAUGAAAGCGUAUCAGGAAGAUCUGAAGAGGAUGGAAAGGGAGGCAGAAGGAUCAAGUUCACCAGCCCAAACAACAACAGAAACAACACAGCCAAAACAGCCAAAACCUCAGGCAAAAUUUCAGCCCAGAAAACAGCAAAAGAAAGAAGGGAAAGCAAGACCGAAACCCAUAGAACAAACAGAAACACAGGUUUGGGUUGAAGGACAAACAGAUGAUGGACACACAUACUACUACAAUACAAUAACUGGAGAAUCUCAAUGGGAAAAACCAGAAGGUUUCCAAGGAGAAAGUACAGCCACUGCAAACCCUCAACAGACAGAGAGCUCUUCAGGCUGCCCUUGGAUGGAAGCCAUCAGCCCUGAUGGUUAUACAUAUUACUAUAACACAGAGACUGGAGAGUCCAGCUGGGAGAAACCAGCAGACUUUCCUUUGAAUGAAGCAUCUGGAUCUGGGUACAGCAAAGAGGAAAAGAGUCAGGAGGAGCCUUCCACCCCUCAGCCGGAGCCACUUUCAGGAGAAGAAGAGAGCUCCAACGGGGCCCAGGUGUCUCAGGAAGCUGAGGUCCCUGAACAAGCCAGUCAGCAGCCCAAAGUCCCAAAGAUCAGCUUCAGGAAAAGAAAAGCAGAGGUCGAGCCCUCAGGAGAAGAGGGAGAAGAUAAAGCCAGUGAUGAUACUCCAAAAGAGGAUGCUAAGGAGAUGAAAAAGGAGGAGGGGGUCCAAAGCACAACAGCUGAACCUGAGGAGAAGAAAGAGAAAGAGGCAACACAAGGGGAGACCCAAGCCAAAAGGCCGAAAGCUGCCAAUCCAUAUGGAACCUGGGAACAGAUCCAGCAAGAGGAGGAUCCGUAUGCCAGUGUGGACCUACAGUUGCCCCAGGUGGAGGGAAGCACAGCCAGCGCUCCAGCCGACCUCCCAACAGAGCCCAAACCCAAGUUCAAGGAACGCGUCAUCACCUCCCUUGGAGAUGAAGGCGGACCUGCUUCAUUCAGGAAGAACAAGACACAGAACGGCAAAUCCAGGAACCUCCGACAGAGAGACAGUGACAACUGACCCGAACACAGCAAAACUUCAAGCCAGAAGGCAGCAGAACGAGACUUUUACACAAAUACAACUCUUUCUAGGAUCUUUGAAGUGUGCACAGAUAUAAGCCUUUGUGUAAUAACAUUUUUAAGACAAUUUGGCCUGAAAAACCUGAAGACAAAGCAAAACAUCUCUGAUGCAACAUUUUUUUUUCUAAUCCUACCAUAAAUGCCUAACACUGGACACACUCUUUUGUCUGUCCUGAUUUCUGUCAGUAUGAAGGUGUGCAACACUUUUAUAGUCUUCAGGUUAGUAUUAUCCCAUGUGUACAAUAUUGUAGGCAUCCUGGUGUGAUCGUUUUUAUUAAUGUGAAGACAUUUCUUCCUGUAGUCUGGUGAGUGCAGAUGUAUCCAUACAGAGCAAUACACAAAACUUUUUAUAUUCUGCAUAUCUGUAUUUUUUUACCAGUGUAAGUUAUGAAAAGCGAGUAAGGCAUCUUUGUGGAGACAUCACUGCAAUACUCGUCAGUUAAAGUGAAUGAAUGUCAUACUUUAUAAGAAAUGUUAUCUCAAUAAACA